CGUUUUAAGACCACACGGCACAUCCAAUUCUUCCGUCUAUUCCGAAACAGCGUUGUGGGUGGUUGUGUUUUGGGGCGCUAGUACCCCGAUUGAUCAGCCGUUUCGUUGCGGUUUUUGUGUAGGUUGUGAGUUUUGUUGAACGCAGCGAAAAUGUCCACUCAGCCGCACAGCAGAAAGAGAGUCUGUUAUUAUUACGACAGUGACAUUGGCAAUUAUUACUAUGGACAGGGACAUCCCAUGAAACCGCACAGGAUACGCAUGACCCACAACUUGCUCCUAAAUUAUGGACUGUACAGAAAAAUGGAAAUUUAUCGUCCACACAAGGCGACCGCCGAGGAAAUGACCAAGUUCCAUUCGGACGACUAUAUAAGAUUCCUCAGAUCCAUCAGGCCGGACAACAUGUCCGAGUACAACAAACAGAUGCAACGUUUCAACGUGGGCGAGGAUUGUCCGGUCUUUGACGGACUGUACGAAUUUUGUCAAUUGUCCGCUGGUGGAUCGGUGGCCGCCGCCGUUAAGCUCAACAAACAGGCUUCAGAAAUUUGCAUUAAUUGGGGAGGAGGCCUUCACCAUGCUAAAAAAUCGGAAGCAUCUGGUUUCUGCUACGUAAACGACAUCGUUCUGGGCAUCUUGGAGUUGCUCAAGUAUCACCAAAGAGUGUUGUAUAUCGAUAUUGACGUUCACCACGGCGAUGGCGUUGAAGAAGCAUUUUAUACAACAGAUCGCGUUAUGACUGUGUCGUUCCACAAAUACGGAGAAUAUUUCCCAGGUACGGGUGAUUUGCGUGACAUCGGCGCCGGCAAAGGCAAAUACUACGCGGUCAACAUCCCACUGCGGGACGGCAUGGACGACGAUGCCUAUGAGAGCAUUUUCGUGCCCAUCAUAAGCAAAGUUAUGGAGACGUUCCAGCCUAGUGCCGUCGUGCUGCAGUGCGGUGCUGACUCGCUGACCGGCGAUCGCUUGGGUUGCUUUAACUUAACCGUGCGCGGUCACGGCAAGUGCGUCGAGUUUGUCAAGAAGUACAAUCUGCCGUUCAUGAUGGUCGGCGGCGGUGGCUACACGAUCAGAAACGUGUCGAGGGCGUGGACGUACGAGACGUCCGUCGCUCUCGGUGUCGAGAUCGCCAACGAGCUGCCCUACAACGAUUACUUCGAGUACUUCGGACCCGACUUCAAGCUGCACAUCAGCCCUAGCAACAUGGCCAACCAAAACACGCCUGAAUAUCUGGAGAAGAUCAAGACCAGACUGUUUGAGAAUCUGAGGAUGUUGCCGCACGCUCCUGGCGUCCAAGUCACCGCCAUUCCAGAAGACGCUAUCAAUGAUGAAUCAGAUAACGAGGACAAAGUUGACAAAGACGAGCGCCUACCUCAGAAAGAUCUCGACAAAAGAAUCGUGCCCGAGAACGAGUUUUCGGACAGCGAAGACGAAGGUGAAGGUGGAAGAAGGGACAACAGAAGUUACAAGGGUAGGAAGAGGCCGCGCUUAGAAAAGGGCGAUGCCAAAGAGGGUGACGAAAAAGUCAAGGAUGAAGUCAAAUCAGAAAAAGUGGAACAGGAGGGUAGAUGAAAACUUAAAUACCGUAAUUAAUAGGAGAUGACGAUAAAUCUAGUACGGAAGAGGUAAAGAAGAUAUUUGACCCCAUGCCUUUGUAAAACCCGAUGUUUUCAUACAAACUAUUAUUUUGUAUAUCCAUUAAGAACAGAGUGUUUCAGUGCAGUGACAAUUUGAACACUACAUCUUUUUUAAAUAAUAUAAAUAACAGUUGUACAGUCAUACAGUUUGUACAAUCUUAUUUUUUACUUUUAGUUAACAGAUAUCAAGCAUGUUCUCUCCUAUUUUUUAUACUGUGCAUUUGACCUGUGAUUUGUUUGCCUGGAAGAAUGUGUUGAAUUAUGAUAGUGUGUGAUGUUUAUUGUCAUUUUCUGUGUCAUGCAGUAUUUGUAUCAGAUUCAUAAAGUAGAUUUAAUAUGUUCUUUUGUGAAGAAUAUUAUUUAUUAAAUAAUCAUUUUUAUA